CACGCCAAACACGCAGCCCCCUCCUGCCCAAGUGACAACUGGCCAGCAUACUGUGGGCUGUUGUCCCUUUAAAACUCGAAUCCAAAGGGGCAAUGAUUUAUCAAACUUGUAUUAUCAAGAAGAUGUCAACGGAAGGGCACCUUGCUAUGCACUGACGCAAACCCGGCCUUUCCCACCGAGAUAUAGAAAGCGCCUCUCCUACCCGAGCCAAACCCAGUCCUACUAAAUAGCGGGUUUCACUCUACCGGUUCAAUCUGUUGCCUGUGUCAGAUACGGAUUGCAGUGCUUCCAAGGAAACGAAUAAACAACCAGUCAACAGCAUGGAAGCGGCGGCCCAGGACCACCGGGAGAGCCCGUGCGCACCAAGAACGAGCCCGGAGCAGGAGCUUCCCUCUGCCRCCGCCGUCGCUCCACCACCACGUGUGCCCAGAUCCGCUUCCACCGGCGCCCAAACUUUCCAAUCCGAGGAUGCACGAGUCUGCGAGGCCCAGAGGCCGGGAGUGGGGUUUUGCAAACUCAGUAGCCCGCGGGCGCAGGCGGCUUCAGCGGCCCUUCCAGACUUAAGCGAAGGGUACAGCGCGCAGGGCACCCCUCUUUCUGGGGGCGCCGGGCCCGGCAACGCGUUGCACUGUAAGAUCCCGGUUCUGCGGGGCCCAGAGGGGGAUGAAAACGUGAGUGUGGGCAAGGGCACGUUGGAGCGGAACAAUACCCCGUCUGUGGGCUGGGUGAACAUGAGCCAGAGCACGGUGGUGUUGGGCACAGAUGGGAUCGCAUCGGUGCUCCCUGGCAGCGUGACCACUACUGCCACACAGGAGGACGAGCAAGGGGAUGAGAAUAAGGCCCGAGGGAACUGGUCCAGCAAACUGGACUUCAUCCUGUCCAUGGUGGGGUACGCAGUGGGGCUGGGCAAUGUCUGGAGGUUUCCCUACCUGGCCUUCCAGAACGGGGGAGGUGCUUUCCUCAUUCCUUAUCUGAUGAUGCUGGCACUGGCUGGGUUGCCUAUAUUCUUCCUAGAGGUGUCACUGGGCCAGUUUGCCAGCCAAGGGCCAGUGUCUGUGUGGAAGGCUAUCCCAGCUUUACAAGGUUGUGGCAUCGCAAUGUUGAUCAUCUCUGUCCUAAUAGCCAUAUACUACAAUGUGAUUAUUUGCUACACACUUUUCUACCUGUUUGCCUCCUUUGUGUCUGUGCUACCCUGGGGCUCCUGCAACAACCCUUGGAACACGCCAGAAUGCAAAGAUAAAACCAAACUCUUAUUAGAUUCCUGUGUGAUUAGUGAGCAUCCCAAAAUACAAAUCAAGAACUCGACUUUCUGCAUGACUGCCUAUCCCAACUUGACAAUGGUUAACUUCACCAGCCAGGCCAACAAGACGUUUGUCAGUGGGAGUGAAGAGUACUUCAAGUACUUCGUGCUGAAGAUUUCUGCUGGGAUUGAGUAUCCUGGGGAGAUCAGGUGGCCACUAGCUUUCUGCCUCUUCCUGGCUUGGGUAAUAGUGUAUGCAUCCCUGGCUAAAGGAAUCAAGACUUCAGGAAAAGUGGUGUACUUCACGGCCACAUUCCCCUACGUUGUGCUGGUGAUCCUCCUCAUCCGAGGAGUCACCCUGCCUGGAGCUGGAGCUGGGAUCUGGUACUUCAUCACACCCAAGUGGGAGAAACUCACAGAUGCCACGGUGUGGAAAGAUGCUGCCACUCAGAUUUUCUUCUCUUUAUCUGCCGCAUGGGGAGGUCUGAUCACUCUUUCUUCUUAUAACAAAUUCCAUAACAAUUGCUACAGGGACACUCUAAUUGUAACAUGCACCAACAGUGCCACAAGCAUCUUUGCCGGCUUCGUCAUCUUCUCCGUUAUCGGCUUCAUGGCCAAUGAACGCAAAGUCAACAUUGAGAAUGUGGCGGACCAAGGGCCAGGCAUCGCAUUUGUGGUUUACCCCGAAGCCUUAACCAGGCUGCCCCUCUCUCCGUUCUGGGCCAUCAUCUUUUUCCUGAUGCUCCUCACUCUCGGACUUGACACCAUGUUUGCCACCAUCGAGACCAUAGUGACCUCCAUCUCGGAUGAGUUCCCCAAGUACCUGCGCACACACAAGCCGGUCUUCACUCUGGGCUGCUGCAUUUGUUUCUUCAUCAUGGGCUUUCCCAUGAUCACCCAGGGUGGGAUUUACAUGUUUCAGCUUGUGGACACGUAUGCUGCCUCCUACGCCCUCGUCAUCAUUGCCAUAUUUGAGCUCGUUGGGAUCUCCUAUGUGUACGGCUUGCAAAGAUUCUGUGAAGAUAUAGAGAUGAUGAUUGGAUUCCAGCCCAACAUUUUCUGGAAAGUCUGCUGGGCAUUUGUAACUCCAACCAUUUUAACUUUUAUCCUUUGCUUCAGCUUUUACCAGUGGGAGCCCAUGACCUAUGGAUCUUACCGCUACCCUAACUGGUCCAUGGUGCUGGGCUGGCUAAUGCUUGCCUGUUCUGUUAUCUGGAUCCCAAUUAUGUUUGUGAUAAAAAUGUAUCUGGCACCUGGCAGAUUUAUUGAGAGGCUGAAGUUGGUGUGCUCGCCACAGCCCGACUGGGGCCCAUUCUUAGCCCAACACCGCGGGGAGCGUUACAAGAACAUGAUCGACCCCUUGGGUACCUCUUCCCUGGGACUCAAACUGCCAGUAAAGGAUUUGGAACUGGGCACCCAGUGCUAGUCCAAUGCUGUGGGAUAUUCCAGACUUAAUCUUGUUUUCCUGUCUGCCUCUGCCUAAGAUUUUCCCCAGCUUUCCUCCCAUUUUCCUUCUUUCUCCUCACAUCUUGGUUCACAGCCGUGCAUGAGAUGGUUACAUAGAAAAGUAAGGUAUAGUGACGCGUGACGCAUGCUGUAGUGASAGCCACACAGGCCACUUG